GCUUCGAAGAACUUUUAUAAGUUUCCGGAGAAAAAAAAAAAAAAAAAGAGGACACUCAGACCACUUGCUCAUUUGCCUGAACAAGGGCAUUACUUACACGGAUCUAGUUUUUCGUCUGCCAAGUUCGCUACUGCUGCUGAGGACGACAUAAGAGCUUAAUUGCCCGGCCAGACUGGCUUGCGCUGCGUGAGUUUCGGAACCCAACUGACAGCCAAAAAUUCGGCAACCAGGAUUUAUCGACAACCGGCCUCCCAUUUCCGAACUCGACUCACAUCAUCAUGCUGUCCAAUCCGGUUCACGACGGCGGUCUUCACGCCCGGCACCGACAACAUCGACGGCAAAACUCGACUCCCACAGGCUACGAAAUGAUGAAGAUCGCAACAACAAACCUGCCCAACAUGAAUCAACAGCAACAGCAACAACAGAACCACCAACGGGCACGCAUGGCCCAUCGGAGGGGUAUGAGUCUGGAUACUCGACGACAACAACUCAUACAGCAACGGAUGCAACCGAUCUCGACAAUACCCACACGGCAGGAAUACACCACGGUAAGUAACAGCACUAACAAUAACACAGGAUCAAUCACAUCACAGCAUGUGCUGCGAGAAGCGCAGAAGCAUAGCAUAGCUCGCCCGGGCCCCCAGCAAGCGUACGCGAACUUGGCAAGCGAUGACAGCUACUUGAUCUCCCCCCACGGGACACCAAGGACACAAGAAUUUGAAGGACAGGGGUUUGGAAGCCUUUCUAACCAGCAGGAUAUGCAGCAGGAUAUGCAAAUCCAUCUUGACAUGUACAACGGACGUUUCUCCGGUAACGUAACAGCGUCUCAGGAAUUCGAUCAGUUCCCAAGCGCUCUAUCCACACCUACGCUCAUGAGCUUCCAGGACAGCCCGACGGGAGGUCCCGGAUGGAUCUCCGAGGAGGAAACUUCCAGCACCAGGAGGAACUCCCGUCGGAUUAGCAACGGGAUUAUGGAUAGAGUUUCGAAGUUUGAGAAAUUGGGAAUUGACGUUCAGAGACCUUUGACGCCUCCCCGCCAGGAUGCCACAGACUACUUCCCACUUACACCUAAAGAUACACCGCAUGAUAGAACCAUAAAGCACGGCCAGCCCCCGCAGAGGUUCUCGGAGGGUUACGACGAAUCAAUGGAGGAAACCGUGAAGCCCACAAGGCACUCUUCAAAUGGGCGGUCAAGGACAACCUUCGACGAGAUGCGACAAGCAGCUGAAAGCCAAGUCCCGAUGCCGAUGCCAAAUCGUUCCAACACACUUCCUUUAAUGGAGACCUUUCACCAACCAUCAGACCCGAUGGUGGAAUUUUUGGAUAUCGACCAAGUCGUCAACAGUGGCAUCAGAGUCGAAGCUUUUGAUGGGCUUCCCAUGCCUUCGCAUCCCAUGAAUAUCAACUCAAACACUCCUAUCAGACCCCAAUUAGGCGAAUUAAAUCGCUCCUUUGAUUACAAGCCCGCCAUGCAACACCCUAAUUUGAGGACCGACUCGCUAGCCAGCGAAGAUGGAUUCUCAAUAGAGUCAUCCUCCCGUCGAGGAACGCCACAUCACCGUCGAAACGAGUCGAUGGCCAGCAUUGCGAGCGCAGCAAGCAUCGCCAGCAUCGACAUUGAGAAGACUAAGACCUCGACGGGAAUCACGAUCGAAGACAUCAACCAAUACAUCUCGGGACCCGACCCGAGGGAUAACAAAUGGACAUGCAAGUUCGAAGAUUGCAAUAAGAAGUUCGGUCGAAAAGAGAACAUCAAGUCCCACGUGCAGACUCAUCUCAACGACCGCCAAUACAAGUGCCCGACCUGCCAUAAGUGCUUCGUUCGCCAACACGACCUCAAACGCCACGCAAAGAUUCACACGGGUAUAAAACCUUACCCGUGCGAAUGCGGUAACAGCUUCGCGCGCCACGACGCCCUUACCCGCCACAAGCAACGCGGGAUGUGCAUAGGCGCGUUCGAGGGCGUGACGAGGAAAGUAGUCAAGCGCGGGCGUCCGCGCAAGCACCGACCAGACAUGGAGGAGCGAAAGUCCAAGUCAUACCGCACCAUCAAGAAGAACAUGUCGGUAUCCUCGGUAUCGUCUCAAUCGGGAUGCUCAGACACCUCGGCGGGCAACUCUCCCGAAUACGUCGACCAGGACUUCGACGUGCUAGACGGGAUCAUGGACGUAUCGAUGGGCGGGACAACGAUGAACCCGAGUUCCCUGCAGGGCAGCAUGAACUCGUCCUCCGCGCCGAUGCCCAGCCUCGGCAACAACAACAACAGCGACGACGCCGGGCCCGCGAGCGAGCACUCGCCGUCGUCGGCGGCCAGCGUCCACUCGUACGUCUCGCAGCUAUCGCAAAUCUCGCUCCACCACCAACACCAGCACCAGCAGGACGUGCUGCCCGAAGCGGCGCUAUCGUCGCGGCCGGGAUCCCCCGCCAAAAGCGUCACCAGCCAGUUCGCCGAGCUGCCGGAGCUUUCCCGGUCCUCGUCCCCGCCGCCGUCGGCUGCCAGCCGGUACUUCGACGCGGAGCCGGACGUCCCGGCUGCUAGCAGCAUCAGCAGCAGCAUCAGCAGCACCAGUAGCAUCCCGAGCUUCGCGGGGAUAAGUGACGACGACGACGACGUGCUGCUCCAGUUCACGAACGGCGAGACGGGCAGCAUGCUGAUGCUGAGCUCGGGGAGCAAGUUCGACGAGGCGUUCGACAGCGUCGAUAUGUUUACCAACAGCGACGAUUUGUUCUUUGGCAGCAGCUAAGAGGAUCUCUUGAGAGACGACACGAUGAAAGACUAGAUAGACAGAAAGAAAGAAAGAAAGAGUCGUUUGGCCCCUGCCAUCAUGUUACCUUGGUUUGGAGGAAGCGAUGCCUUUUCUUUUUUUCCCCGUCCUUCAUAUUUUCACGCGAA